AGGGGAUACGCUCAUGUCACUUUGGCUGACGAAAGUGCUUUCGCCGAGGCCCUUAAACUGGAUGGAUCUAAGGCUUGGGCAGGAGGCAGUGGACGACAACGCUGGCUUAAGGUCACUGAGGCAAAGUCUGGCAGCAACUCUGGUACUGUGGGGCGCGUGAGGGAAGACGGGUAUAGGGGGAAAUAA